UCACGCGCCGUUUCCACGUCAAUCUCAGUUCGUUUUAAUGGCCCGCGAUAAGCCUCCGCUUAAUUUCAGGUACCGUUUUAUAACGUUUUUACGAAAAAUCGCUUCGCGAAUCGGCUCAUUUUCGAUAGUCCACGCAAACUUGCAAUAAGUUAUCGAAAAAGCGUCCACUCGUGUUGUGUCUCAUCCGGGGUUAAAUGUCAUAAUCUAGUGUGAUAACAGUACCAUUUUUGCCAAGCCAUAUAAAAGGACGUGAACCCGCUUGUCUCCAGUUCCACAAUCUUUGUCGGCACGCGAUUGGACGGAAUUGCGUCACGUGAUCGGGAUACCGGUUGCAAAAUCGUGAAGUGAGCCAGACUUCAUUGAGACAGUGCUAAUGUCGGUGUAGGUACCACGAGUUUGAUAACCGUUGCGUGAAAGGAAAGUUAUCUAUUGCCGUUUUUUGAUGAUGCGCGAUGUCGGCCCAGACCAUUACCACGACCGAGACCACACAAAAUGCCCAGAAACCGCAGCAGUACCAUUGGAGGAUGGUCUGGAGGAACAUCAUCCUGUACAUUAUCAUGCACCUCACCGGCUUCUAUGGACUGUACCUGGCCAUGUUCUACGCCCAGUGGAAAACAGUCUUUUACAGUUGGUUCCUUCUGGUCAUAGCCCUCCAAGGAGUGACAGCUGGUAGUCACCGCCUCUGGGCCCACAAGGCCUACAAGGCGCGACUCCCCCUCCGAAUGCUUCUUUGUAUUUUCCAAACCCUGUCCCUCCAGAACCACAUCUACGACUGGGCCACGUACCACCGCGUCCACCACAAGUUCGUCGAUACCAACGCCGACCCACACAACUCGCGCCGCGGCUUCUUCUUCUCCCAUAUGGGUUGGUUGUUCAUCGAGCCCCACAAAGACGUGGAGGAUAAAUACAAGUCGAUCGACUUCAGCGACUUGCAUGCCGAUUCCGUGGUCAUGAUCCAGAAAAAGUACUACCACACGUUCUUUGCCCCAGUCAUUGGGUUCUACCUCCCGGCGGCGAUCCCAUGGUACUUCUGGGGCGAGAACUUCUGGACCGCGUUUUUCGUUGCGACCAUGCUGCGGUACUGCGCCUGCACCAACAUUACGUUCCUUGUGAACAGUUGGGCCCAUAUCUAUGGGUCCCGCCCAUACGACAAGAACAUUUAUCCCACCGAAAGUGCCACGAUUGCGGUUUUGACCGGUGGGGAGGGUUGGCACAACUACCAUCACACUUUCCCGUGGGAUUAUAAGACCGGGGAGUUUGGGAAGUACCGAAGUAACCUUACCACGGGCUUUUUGGACUUUAUGGCGGCCAUAGGCUGGGCCUAUGACCUCAAGACCGUGUCGGAAGAGAUGAUAAUGAAGAGGGUGCUGCGCACGGGUGAUGGUACUCGGAAGUUUGAUAAGAUCGAUAAGAUACUCAAUGUGGACGAUGACCACCACCAUGAAGACAUGCUCUGGGGGUGGGGGGAUAGUGAUAUGGCCAAAGAGGAAAUGAACUACGUCAAAAUUCACAACAGGAAGGAGGAUUAAGUCUAGCUCGUGUUAAUUAAUUUAUUAUCAAAUGGUUCAGUCAUGUACAAUAACAGCUCUGGAGGGAGCGAUUCAAUUCCCAUUAUUAGCGAAUUUUUUUCACCGAGACAAAGACCAGAUUGGAGCACUUAAUCUUGUGCAGCAGAACGUUUUAAUAAUAAUCAGAUGUUUCACAUUACACGGUGGCCUGUUUUCCUCUGUGGCAUAAUCUGAUAUUCUUCAGUGGUAAAAAAUUUCAAACGGAACAUAAAAUUUAUAUUUACGAUGACAGCCUGCAUUAUUUUUAAUGCGAGCUAUUAAUAAGUUAAUAAACAAAUGUCAGAGUUA